CCUCGAACAGUGAACAGGUAGCAAAGCACAGCUCUUAUAGCCAAAUACCGAAAUCUUCAAGAGAAAAGCCUUCUUCCAGUGGCAACGGUAAUUUGAAAAUUCGAAAAAGGCAAUCCACUCCGCGGUGCAGUUUAAUUUAAUUGAAAAUAAUAAAAUCGAGUUAUUAUACGUUGCGCUUUCCAAUUUCGGUUCAACGAAAAGAAAACAUAAUUGAGCCCGGUGUGAAAAUAAAUACGGUAUCGCAGCCAAGGAAAACAUCAGCUUGGGUGAAAUUCAAUUGACAAAAAAACUAACAAAAAAAUAAAAGAAAAACAACUCUGUUGUCCGCCCAAUUCCAGUUUUGUGGUCAAGUGCCUGGCAAUUGUGCAACCUCAAGACUCUUAACCUUAACAAUUAUUUUUUUGGCCACAACUAUAAAAACUUUACCAAAAAAAAGGAACAAAGCUAUUGGCACAAUUCAGAGCAAAUCAAGUGCUCACUUUUACCUGUACAAACCAAAAAAAAAUAAUUAAAAAUCAAACAAAAAAGUUGCUUUGAAAACGAAAGCAAAACAUAAAUUCGAUUUCGAACCCCCCACGCUUUGCUAAAUUCGAGUGGCAGCCCCCAGAAGACAAGCGACAGAAGACAGCAAAAUGGUUGAGAAAACAGAAAUGUCGAAAUUCGUUGGCGUUGCCGACAUAACCGAGAACAAGAAAAUCUGGCGCAUGCUAUUCGGCGAACUGGUGGGCACAUUUUUCUUGGUCUUCGUCGGCGUUGGCAGCACGACGAGCGGAAGUGUACCACAAAUCGCAUUCACCUUUGGCUUGACUGUGGCCACCAUCGCCCAGGGCUUGGGUCACUUGAGUGGCUGCCACAUCAACCCUGCUGUCACCUUGGGCUUCCUUAUUGUCGGCGAGAUCAGCAUCCUGAAGGCGGCCUUCUACAUCAUCGUCCAGUUGGUGGGCGCCAUUGCCGGAGCUGCUGUGAUCAAGGUGGCCCUGAACGGACUGGUCGGUAGCGGACUGGGUGUCUCCUCCUUCGAUCCCUCCCUGGACGCCGGACAGGCGGUGCUAAUUGAGGCUCUGAUCACCUUCAUCCUGGUGUUUGUGGUGAAGGCUGUUUCAGACCCGGCUCGCACGGACAUCAAGGGAUCGGCUCCAUUGGCUGUGGGACUUGCCAUCACCGCUGGACAUCUGUGUGCCGUGAAACUGAGCGGUGCCAGCAUGAAUCCAGCCCGAUCCUUCGGACCCGCUGUGGUGCAGGGCAUGUGGGGGGACCACUGGGUAUACUGGGUGGGUCCCGUUGCCGGUGGCCUGGUUGCCGGAAUUAUCUACCGGUUCAUCUUCAAGGUACGCAAGGGCGACGAUGAGGCCAACUCGUACGACUUCUAGACUUCUUAACAAUAUCCGAAAUACCAUAUUUUUGUAAAUGUCCGCACCCGCUUCCCAUCCACAUCACAUUUCGCUUAACACCCACCAGGGACACAUCGAAUUCUUUUUCGAAAUUUUCUCCUUAACCUCUGACCUCUGAACACUAUUUUUCCCCUCCCACUUGCCCCUGUCUCACACACAACUGUACAAUUUUUUAUUUGUUAAAAAAUAAAAAGCAGACAUCUUGUUUAGUUAAUAAUGCGAUGAUAACACCUAAAAUAUGCAAUAUUGUAUUUGAGUAAUUUUAAGCUAAAUUAUGUGCACAAUAUCGAGGGAAAACUGUAUUGAAGCUUGACUAAAUUGUAUCUCGAGGGCACUUUCACUUUGUUGAGCACCUACGAAUUGUAUUAUGACUAUUGUGUAAUAAAAUGUAAAUCAAGAAAAUCCAAA